UCUAGAGAGAGAAAGAGAGGAUAUGGGGAGACCACCUUGCUGUGAUAAAGUAGGUGUAAAGAAAGGGCCAUGGACACCAGAAGAAGAUAUCAUCUUGGUUUCUUACAUACAAGAACAUGGACCUGGAAAUUGGAGAUCGGUUCCUACAAAAACAGGUUUGCUUAGAUGCAGCAAGAGCUGCCGGCUCCGAUGGACUAAUUAUCUCCGGCCGGGUAUUAAGCGUGGUAACUUCACCGACCAUGAAGAGAAAAUGAUUAUUCAUCUCCAGGCUCUUCUUGGAAAUAGAUGGGCAGCCAUAGCAUCUUAUCUUCCACAAAGAACAGAUAAUGAUAUAAAAAAUUAUUGGAACACCCAUUUGAAAAAGAAGCUGAAAAAGCUUCAAGAUGGUCAAAAUCAUGAAGGAUUCUCAUCUUCUUCUCAACAGCCAAAAGGACAGUGGGAAAGACGGCUUCAAACAGAUAUUCGUUUGGCAAAACAAGCACUUUGCGAAGCUUUAUCUCUUGACAAAUCAACCUCUUUUCCUUGUAAUGACUCAAAGCCUUCUAUUAAUGCUGCUGCUGCUGCUGCUGCUGCUCCUCCAACUACUUACGCUUCAAGUGCUGAAAACAUAGCAAGAUUGCUUGAAAACUGGAUGAAAAAUUCUCCAAAACCAGCUCAAACAAAUUCUAAUUCCACAGCCGUGAGGGCGAAUUCAAGUUCUAGCACGGAAGAAACUACUACCCCAAAUCAUCAUCACCACCAUCAGGGUUUUGACUCGCUUUUCAGUUUCAACUCUUCCAAUUCGUCAGAUGGGUCGCAAUCCAUGGAUGAGAAUGCCAAUCUGACACCGGAAACAAGCUUCAUCCAAGAUGAAAGCAAGCCAAUAAACAUGGAGAGUAUUAAUAUCGAUGAUGAUGAUAAUAAUAACAAUAAUAAUCGAGUUCCUCUUUCUUUGCUUGAGAAAUGGCUGUUUGAUGAAGGUGCUGCUCAGGGUCAUGAUGACCUAAUUAACAUGUCAUUAGUGGAUAGUGAAAUCGGGUUGUUUUGAUGAAUAACUGCUUAAUUAAUUAAUUAAUCAUCGUGUCAUCUAGUGUUGCUUAAUUAGUUGUUUCUUUUUCUUUUUGGUGUUUUGAGUGUAGCUAGGUCUUCAUCUUCUGGUAAAAAAUUUGUUUCUAGACUAGAGUAAUUAAGCAGGAAAUUACUAAGAUGUAACACCCUCUUUACUGGAAGAAACAAAAUUGUAAAUUAGAAAGUGCAUAUCUAUAUGAAAAUGCUAUGUACUCGACACUAUUAUUAUAUGUAUAUAUAUAAGAUGAAUAAUAUAUAUUUUUUCUUCUAA